AUGCCGUACAGAUGUUGUGUGACCGGGUGCAAAGGCAAUUGCCCGAAGGGACCGAAAGUGCAAGUUUUUUCAUUUCCAAAGGAAGAAAAAUUAUUAGAAAAGUGGAAAUGGGCUAUCCCAAGGGAAAAUUUAACAAUCAGCAAAACAACAAAGGUGUGUGAACAGCAUUUUCACCCUCAUGAAAUUAUAACAACAUCUCAAGAUAUCAGAAGAAAUGGAGACGUUCCUCGCACACUUGCAAGACCAAGUUUGCUUUCAACAGCAGUUCCUUCUGUUUUUCCAAACUGCCCUCACUAUUUGAGCAAACCUUCAAGCUACAGAAUUGGCCCUGAGGUAAAGAGACAGAAACUUGAAGAGCAAAAUAUUCAGGCAGCUGUUCAGGAUAGUCUGAAGGAAAGGGAAAUAUAUUUAAAAGCUCAGUCCAUUGCAUCACUGUGUGAGUUAAAGGCAAAACUGUCAAUGUUAACGCUAUGUGAUUUCUGGAGUAUCAUUACAAAACCUACAUCUGUAUUGUUUGCAAACAUUGAGACAGUUCCUUAUCCUGUAAUAAAAUAUUCUGUUCUUGUUAGUGAAGGCCUUGAUGUAUCAGUAUUUGUCCUGAACAAGCAAAGAAACAAAAUAGGACUAAAUGGGGACAAGGUUUUAAUAAGGGUUUCAAGCAUUGUUGAAUUAGGUAAUCUGUUAGACUGUGUGGAAAAAGCUGACAUGCAGAUUAAUGAUCCAAAUAAUAUUGAACAAAUUUUGAGUUAUGUAUGUGACAUUCUGCAGGCACUUAAUUUAUCUGAGUAUGAAUAG